AUGUUGGCGGCUGAUUUCAAAGGUAAACAAGACACUUCAAGAUUAGUAAACACAACAAAGAGACCUGUUUACGAGUCACAUAUGAGUACCGGAGGUGAUCAGGACGACGAGGAUUUUGUAGGAUUGCCCUUGAGCGAAAGGCUCUCGCACAGGGUGUGGAAAGCGCGGCUACAUGGAUAUCAGGAGUUGAACGCAUUGUUUGAGGCAGGAGAAGAUGAAGGAUCUAUUAGUGUUUACUGGAGGGAUCCUGAGCAGUUUGCGCAGUAUGUGGUGGAUUCAAAUGUGGCUGCACAGGAGCAGGCUAUCCUGGCGCUACAAACUCUGUUGAAGAAGACGCAGUUACCCGCCCGUGGUGUUGAUCUUAAGAGUGUAAUAAGCUUGUGGGUACCUGCAUUGGUUGAGAAGGGACUUGGGUCUUCCAGGGCUACUACUAAGUCUCGGUCAAUGGAAUGUGUGCUCUCUUUGUGCUCUUAUGACGAGUCUUUAACGACUUGUGUCGAAUUAGUGCUGCCCUUCUUGACGAAAAAACUACCGAAAUUGGUAGCUUCUGCAUUGAACUGUAUCAGCGAGCUUAUCAAAUCAUACCAAUUUGUUAAUGUGGAUACUGGCGUUUUGCUGCCGCUUGUGACAGAGCCACUUGUAAAACUGGCUGGUCAUGCGGAUAGAAAUGUGAGAGCACAGACAAUGACACUGAUCGUAGAGAUCUAUAAAGUCACUGGGAAGAAUAGGGUGUUAAUCCAGGAGUUAUUACUUGAUCAAUUGAAACCUAUUCAGCAAAAUGACUUGAAGAAGCUUUUCAGUAAGGCUGACGAGACUAAUGAUGAUGGAAAGCGAUUGUUAUUCAAAUGGCAAGAAAGCGAACAACAAGUAGACAAAGAUGGAGAUACACUUAUGGAUGUAAAGAGUUCACUACCAGCGGAUAGUAUGGAUAAGCGCUCUGAUGAACAUCAGGUUGUGAUAGAUCCCUUUGAUCUCUUACCAGAACAAACCAUCACUGAUAAACUACCCGUUGACUUCCACGACAGGAUAAAUUCGGCUAAAUGGAAGGAUAGAGUCGAAGCAUUAUCAGAAUUUUGGGAUGGCACGUUGUCAAAGGUCAAGAAAUUGAGAGCGAAAGGUCAGGACUACAGCGAAAUUCUAAGCAUAAUGGCUCAUAUAGUACAAAAGGAUGCCAACGUUCAGGCGGUAACAAUAGCAGCACAAUGUAUUCAAAUGAUUUGUGCUAAACUGAGAACUCCCGGUUUCACCAAACAUUACGUUACAAUAGUGUUUGUACCGUUACUCGAGAGAACAAAGGAGAAAAAACCAUCAGUGAUAGAAUCAAUACGUCAAGCAUUACGAACCGUUUGUCAGUUUUAUAACCCAUUGAGCCCGACUGGUCAUAAUGAGGACCUCUUGCAAGAAUUAUUACAAUUCAUGACGCACAAAACCCCCCAGAUAAAGAUGGAAAGUACGGCGUUGUUAACUUUUAUCAUCAAUGAGCUGCAAACCAAUGAAGUACAGGUUCUCCGAAAAUAUCUUGACGAUGAGAUAACCCCAGUGGUCCUAAAGAUUGUCAACGAUACUCAACCUACGAUCAGAACUUGUGGAUUCGAAUGCUUUGCCAAUCUAAUCAGACUUCUAGGUAAAAGGGAUUUGAAUUUGGCGUUGGAAAAACUCGAUAAUCUCAAGAAGAAAAAGAUUGAAGAAUGUCUCGCAAGUUUACCAGCCGCUUCGCAACCAAAGAUCGAAGUUACAGCUGCCAGUGUUUUGCGACCCACUUCAUCCCAUAAGUCCACUAUUCCAACCAAAAGAGGUCCAAGCUCACCCUUACAGAAGAAUACAAAGGCUUCUUCACCCAGUGCUGCAAGGUCAAGAGUUUUACUCACUUCAAGGUCACUUACAACAUCACAGCAAACCCCUCCACCUCCAUCAGCGGUCCACACAAAGGAAUUGGAACAAUUGCAUAGAGAGAAGCAGGAAUGGAUUAGAGAACGUAGUCAGCUAUUGAACCAAGUUAAGAACUUGACCAGUUUCCAAACUGAGUUAAGCGACGAGAACGAUAGCCUACGAGAACAACUGAAGAUGACCCAAACAAACCUUCACGAAAAAGGUUUACAACUAAGAUCUAAAGAGUUGCAAUUGACCAAACUACAGGACCGGGUUGCACAGUUAGAAUCUGAGUUACGCCAUCUACAACAACAAAAACAACAACGUCAUAACCAUCAAUCGCCACUCUCUACACAGCGACAUAUUUCUUCGUCUGACGCUUCAGCAGUCUCCACGAACCUGGGCGUUCGUUCACUGUCAUCUUCAUCCUUCGAACCAAAGGCCGUAAAGACAAAACACUCUAGAACACCCAGUGAGUCUAGUGAUGAUCUUCCGCGUCGUGUUGAUUCUCUACAAUUAAACACCGAGAUUGUUAACGAAGAAAGUUGGAAACGAGCAGCAGAAGUCACUUCACAACUCAAAGCAAGGAUUGAAAGGAUGAGGGCAAAAUCCAAAGGUAUAAAUAAUAACGUUUAA